UAUAUAAAGUGAGAGAUCGUUGCGGCGGGCGUAGUGCGCGAGUGGUUUUUGGUUAAGCGUACCGUGAUUUACUCAAUAUAUAAUUCGUUGCGCGUGUUAAAACCUUUGGAAUUAAUCUUUCGACGAAAUGGAGGCAAAGGAAUUCAAGGAGUUUGCGAAAGCGAUGACGGACUACAUCGCAGAAUACCUUGAAAACAUACGAGAUCGGCAAGUAGUGCCAUCUGUGAAGCCAGGAUAUCUGAGACCAUUGGUGCCGGAACAAGCUCCAGAGAAACCGGAACCUUGGACCGCAGUUAUGGCGGAUAUUGAACGGGUUGUCAUGUCAGGAGUCACACACUGGCAUUCACCUAAAUUUCACGCGUACUUUCCCACUGCCAACUCAUAUCCCUCUAUUGUAGCUGAUAUGCUGAGUGGGGCAAUUGCCUGCAUUGGAUUUUCAUGGAUUGCAAGUCCUGCCUGCACUGAGCUCGAAGUCGUGAUGAUGGAUUGGCUGGGCCAGAUGCUCGGUCUUCCUGAGGAGUUCUUGGCCCGUUCUGGUGGCGAAGCUGGCGGUGUAAUUCAAGGCACUGCCAGUGAAGCUACACUGGUUGCUCUACUUGGAGCUAAAUCGAAGGCUAUCAAUCUUACCAAAGAGCAACAUCCCGAAUGGACUGACGUGGAAAUCUUAUCUAAACUUGUGGGUUAUUGUAACAAGCAGGCACAUUCUUCGGUAGAACGGGCAGGUCUUCUAGGAGGCGUAAAGCUCCGAUUUUUACAUCCUGACAGCAAGCGCAGUUUAAGAGGUGACACACUCAGGGAUGCGAUAAAGGAAGAUAUCCAGAAUGGUCUCAUACCAUUUUAUGUUGUGGCUACUUUAGGUACCACAUCAACUUGCGCUUUCGAUGCUCUUGAUGAAAUCGGCGACGUAUGUCGGGAAAAUGAUAUCUGGCUGCAUAUCGAUGCAGCGUACGCUGGAUCUUCAUUCAUAUGCCCCGAAUACCGAUAUCUAAUGAAAGGUAUAGAAAAAGCGGACUCGUUUAACUUUAACCCACACAAGUGGCUACUAGUCAACUUUGACUGCUCUGCUAUGUGGCUGAAACAGCCCCGUUGGAUCGUUGAUGCAUUUAACGUUGACCCUCUGUACUUAAAGUACGAUCAGCAGGGAUCAGCGCCUGAUUACAGACAUUGGCAAAUUCCUCUCGGCCGUCGUUUUAGGUCUCUGAAGCUAUGGUUCGUCCUAAGAUUGUAUGGAAUUGAAAACCUUCAAAAGUACAUCCGUAAACACAUCGCAUUGGCACAUUUCUUCGAAAAACUUUGUGGCGAAGAUGACAGGUUCGAAGUUGUUGAGGAAGUUCUCAUGGGCCUUGUCUGUUUUAGACUAAAAGGCGAUAACGAUUUAAAUAAAGCGUUAUUGAGACGUAUUAACGGACGAGGAAAGAUUCACUUGGUUCCAUCAAAAAUUGACGACUCAUACUUCCUGAGAUUUGCUAUUUGUUCCCGUUUCUGUGAGGAGAGUGAUAUACAAGAAUCUUGGGAGGAAAUUAAGGCUUCGGCUAGUGAUGUUUUGGCAGAAAACAAAUGAAUACAAUAUAAAUCAGCCAAUAAAUAUUUAUCGAAAAUAUCUAUAAGCUAUUGUACUCAAAAUUAUUAGAGAAAUUGUUGUUUGCGCUUAGCGUGACUGAAAAAAUAAAUAUUUACAUUCAAUGAAGUAUAUUGAUAAAUGUAGUUUUUUAUGUUAUCUACAUAAUAGCAGUAUAUCGUGUACUGAGUGUUGAUGUGAUUAAAUUAAAUGUGUAUGUGUAGAGAUAAGUUUAUCUCCUUAACUUGCCAAUGAUUUAAAUGUGCUGAUUUGCAUUUUUAAUAGACGAAUUUAAGAUUUUAUAUACCUACUUAAUUUUACAUCAUGAACAAAUGAGUUUCCCAAUUAGUGAGCCUCCAGCCCGUUUGGGUUGUUGUUGUCCUUGCCCGUUCUAUAAAAAAAAAGUUUAAUAAGGACCAAUUUUAUUGAAAUGAAACUUCUAAUGCGACUCCCAACAAGGUUGCGUUAAACGUUUAACACUUCUGGGAAGGGAAUUAGAAAGAGACAGAGCGAGAGUGAAUGCUUCCUAUUUUCAUUACAAAGUUUCACUUCUUCCAUGCAGAGGAACUCUAUGUAUCAUUUUUUUGUCUAUUUCAUUUUUAAGACUUGUUUAUUUAUAUUAUAAUAUAAGAGACGAUCAAAUUUUCAUUUCAUGUAUAUUAUUCACAUUUAAUUCUUAUUACAAAUGUAUUUAACAUAGCAUAAGCUCGUAUGGCACAGUGGCUUUGCAUUGGUUGGACAAAGUAUUAAGGGCAAACGUCUGCGUAAAAUAUAUUUAAUAGGUACUGUGUCAAACUCAGUGUGGACCGUCUGAUAUUGGUAUUAGAAAUUCAAAACUACUUCAUGAAUCUUUAAUAUAAAUAAACGACAUUAAGGAUAACUUUGAUGUCGGAUAACUAUCCUUAAUGUCAUUUAUAAAUUCAGUAUUAUCAAAUAGAGAUGUAGCUAAAAUUCUAUGUAAAAGCUUCAUGACCUUCAUGAUGAUUGUAAGUGAAGUAUUUACUUUUAACACUGUAAUUACUAAUCUAUCAUUUGAGGACGACGUUCGUCAAUGUACCUAAUACAUAUUAAUAACUUAUAAAAGCAAUAAUAAAGUCAUAUUCAAUGAUAA